AGCCCAUCGCUGUGGUUUGGCAACACAACCAGCACAACAUUUCUUUUCUCAUCUCUUGGAAAAAAAAAAAACCCAACAGAGAAAAAAUACCUUGAGAAUAAAGGUAAUGAUUAAUCCACCAGGCACAAAAAGGACCGUUUUGGGGAUUUCAGGUUCUAACUCCAUAAUUCAGAUAAACAGCAGUGAACAGGGAAUGACAAUUUCACCGGAAGAGGAUUAAGUCACAGGCUCUAAUCAGGACAGCAUUUGCACAGUCAGAGCACCUUACUAGCCAUCUCCAGGAAUCUGCGUGCAGCUGUCAAAACUUCUGUCUUCACUUGCCAGUGAGGUAGGGACCAGAAGCAGCAGAUAUUGGUGGGAAGAGUGGUCCUUGAAGAAGCCCCGAGAUGCAGCCUGAGAAGAGACAACAGGGGAAAAGCUUCAAGCAGAGAUUGGUCUUGAAGAGCAGCUUAGCUAAAGAAACGCUCUCUGAGUUCUUGGGCACGUUUAUACUGAUUGUCCUUGGAUGUGGCUCUGUUGCCCAAGCUAUCCUCAGUCGAGGACAUUUUGGAGGAAUUGUCACUAUCAAUGUUGGAUUUGCAUCAGCAGUUGUAAUGGCCAUUUAUGUGACUGGAGGUGUCUCUGGUGGCCACAUAAACCCGGCUGUGACUUUUGCAAUGUGUCUCUUUGGAAGGAUGAAAUGGUACAAAUUUCCUUUUUAUGUGGGAGCCCAGUUCUUGGGGGCUUUUGCAGGGGCAGCAACUCUCUUUGGCAUUUACUAUGAUGGACUUAUGUCCUUUGCUGGUGGAAAACUGCUCAUCGUGGGAGAAAAUGCAACAGCACACAUUUUUGCAACAUAUCCAUCUCCAUAUUUGUCUCUGGCGAAUGCAUUUGCAGAUCAAGUAGUGGCCACCAUGUUCCUCCUCAUGAUCAUCUUCGCCAUUUUUGACUCCAGAAACAUGGGAGUCCCCAAAGGCCUAGAGCCCAUUGUCAUCGGCCUCCUGAUUGUCGUCAUUGCUUCCUCUUUGGGACUGAACAGUGGCUGUGCCAUGAACCCGGCUCGAGACCUGGGUCCCAGAUUUUUCACUGCUUUGGCAGGAUGGGGGUUUGAGGUCUUCACGGCUGGAAAUAACUUCUGGUGGAUUCCUGUGGUGGGCCCUCUGGUUGGUGCUGCCAUUGGAGGCCUCAUCUAUAUUCUUGUCAUUGAAAUCCACCACCCGGACCCUGACACAGACUUCGAGGCGGAACAAUCUGAGGCCAAACCAGAGAAAUACGAACUUAACGUGAUAAUGUAGUGCAUGCUCAGUUCUGGGUUUACAACGGGCUGAGCUGGUGUUCUCUUUAGGAAGGUAGCAUCCAGGUGUCUGUGUUUUCACAAGACUGGGGAGGAUCUACCCAAUUUUCUCUGCCAGCCAAGUGGGACACCUAUUUGGAAAAGCAUCUGAGUGAAGAUUUGAAAACACUGACCUCUUCUCUACCAGCUUCCCCCUAGAACAGCACUGACUGCCUGUCCCCUGAAACAACCUUCUCUCCUGCCCUGUUUAUUUCAUCUUUCGGUGGGAACCCUUAUCACCAGGCCAGCACUAAUAACUCGGAACCUUGACCAAGGACUUAUUUGGAUGGUCUCAGCUGCAUCACCUGUAUGAAAUAGUAUCACCAAAAGCCUUUUUGUUUUCAAUACUCACAAAGAUUACAUUCUGAGUAUCAACCAAGACUAAACUGGAAGACAAAACAGUGGUUUCAGUUACAUAUCCAUGAAUUAGGGAGACAAUGGGUUAACUCUCUAGUUAUAUUGUGCCUCCGUUUUUGUAUAAAUUUGAUAUUCUACAAACCUAAGGAUAUAGAGAGCAGUAGAAUGCAGCUCAGGAGAAGGACAUUGUGGCACUCAGAAACCUCAGGAGACAAGAUAAAUUUGGGAAACCAAAUGGAAUUUUUUUAAUGGAAACCAUUUAUCAGACUAAUCUCCUGCUCUUUGCAUUUUAGAGAGCAUCAAUUAAUUUCCUGGUCUUUAGUAUAUAAUAACCUAAUAUACAAUCAUAACCUCAGUCAUGAAAUAUACAUCACUCUGUAUUUUUAGCUCAAAUGUAUUUUCCUAAUUGCCCACUUGAGGACAGACAUUUGACAAGUUAAGUCCAUGGCUACACUCAUCCAUUAUUCUAUACACGCCUUAGAUGCCAGAACUAAAAGCCAUUGGCUCCUGGUGUAGUAUAAUCUUCAGGAUGGAAAGUCCCUGGAAAGAUAAUAUACCUAUUGGGCUUUAUAAUUCACAAAGCACUUUCACACAUAUUAUCUAAUUUAAUCCUCAUAGUGACUGUCUGAAGUAAAUACCAUGCUGCCCAUUUCUCAAAUAAGGAAACAAAAUCUCAGGGAAGUUAACUGAGUUGCCUAAGGUCACAUGGAAAGUUGAACAUCGUCUAAUGCAUUCUACAACUUCCAGAAGAUCAAUAACUGGCUGAGAAUCUUGGCCAGCCCUUCCUGGCUGGCCAGAAGAAGUGGGAUUGGCAGCUGCCAGAACAUGUACACCUUCUGGACAUAAUUCUCCUGGAUCCUAAGAUAUAAAGACCUUCAUUGUCUGGUUUUACUCCCGCUGUUACUGAAGCAUUAACAAAGAAAAGAGGGAGUGAUUUGAUCAUAUUCUUCAACUGCUGAAAAUAUUAUCAAUGGCCUCCCUUCCUAACCCACGUUUGGUCUUGCUAAGUCUUGAUCUUCCUCCCCUGCCAAUCCCAAACAUUCCAUUUGAGGACUUUCCUCUUGGUCAGGCUCUUGCCUGUGAAGUUCUCUAAUGGAUAACACUUUGGUCAAAAGCAUCUCUGUGAGUUACAAACACCAGAAAAAUUGCUCUACAUGGAGUGAUGCACCUCCAGCCAAACUGUGAAAAAGAGCAGCAUCAACGAGGCGUUCCAUUCCCCAACUGCUUUGUGACGAUAACAGAACAACAAAAAGCAAAUAUGAACUGUUUCCAGUGGCCUAUGUUCUAUUUUCUACCAACAUAUGGAAUUGUUUUCUUGCUCUGAAACUACCUGGAUAUUUCCUGUUUGAAAUAAAAUUGGGUGGGUUUUGCUUUA